CGUAGCCCUUGAUAAAAGACCCCUGACCCACUUCAAGCUGGAUUAAGUGUGAGAACCUGUGGUACUAAUUCGCUUGGAAUCACGGACUUUAGGACAGCAUUAUGUCAGUGAAGUUGGAACAGAUGGUGGUCAGAACCAGGAGCAUUGUCCAUUAUGACAUUGACUGGAAACUUUUGGAUAGUGAUGAGAACCUGAUUUUUGAGAGAAGUCUUGAGGCUUCGCAAACUUGCAGCGUGUACCAUUCGUGGUUCGAAUUUGGCCUUUCAGAAAAGAAGGUCAAAUAAAGUAUUAGAGGGUGCUGCAGAAAGAACAGAUCAAUAGCCACAAGGGUUGGCAUCGAGCAUUAACAAGCGUGAAUGACGAAAAGGUGAAGAAGGAUAGAUGAUGGAAAGACAAGAAAGUCCGCUUUGACCGGCACAUUCGUUGGUCCUGUAGCUGUGCCACAGUCUUUUCCUUCCUCUCUUUUCCUCUUUGCCAAAUUGCCAAGAUCAAGCCUAGCUCGCUACUAUCGGUAGUAGCUCACUUCAAAAGAUCAAGUGGUCGAGAUACCCAGAAGCUACCCAAAAGCUACCCCCUGCUACCCAACCCAAUAAGCUCACAAAUCGAACAGUUUCUCUCUUUGAAACACUUCUACUUUCACCCCUCUACCGAGCACUUCAACUACUAUCAACUAAUAAGCAAGAUGAUUUCUGUUUCUAAUUUGGAAUACAUUAUCCACCUGAACAAUGAAGGUACGGCAAUGCUGGCAUCGUCCAAUGAACGAUUGGCCCGUCAAGCGAUGAACUUGUUCCGCCAAGCACUGGCAGCCAUUGACGAGUUGGACCGCAAGAGCAAUUUUAAUCUCUUUGGAGCAGCCAUGCCAGCAGCAAUGGGUCCUUCGGUCGACGACGUCUGCUGUUUCUGUACCGUUCCAGUGCCCGCCUUGACCGACUCGACGGUGGACAGUACCUUUUUCUACUGCCGUCAAGGCAUUUACUUGAAGCCAGCCGCCCUCGCUCAUGCCAUGUCUCUGGACGGCGUGAGUCAACUACUGCGUUUCUUUUUGGCGGUCGUCUUGAUGAACACGUCGCUGGCAUGCUACAAAGUGGGCCGCUACUUUUGUCUGCAGCAACGACCGGAAUACCAAUUGAAGGCAAAUGACCUCUUUCAUCGAUCCCUCCAUCUCUACGUGGAAAUCUCCAAUCUCUACGACGCCACGGAACAGGCCGCCGACUUGGCCUAUUUUGCCAUGGUCGCCAAGAACAAUUUGGCAUGGAUCUUUCUCCAUUUGGGACAUCGAUCGCAUGCCAAACAGGCACAAUCCCAGCUCCUACAAGUCAUUCAAGAUCAGGGCAAGACACUCACCACACCAGAAGCACAAGAAUGUGCCAAGGAAUUCUUUCUCAAUACCACAAUCAUGUCCAUGACCGGGUAUUGCUCCAAGCUUCCAGCGGGGGCUGCCUAAUCUCUUCCGACUUUCUUUUGUGGCACCAACAGAGGCCACUGUGUUCCAUUCCUCCCGACUUUCUUCCCUUCUUUCUAUCUACCUACCAUUACCUCCUCUCCGUAUCAUUGUUAAACUUUUUGCAUGAUAAAUUGCAUAUUUCAUAACGAUUACAUCAUCUUUUCUU